AUGCAAGCGUUGCCUUCCUUGGAAAUCUCGCUCGAAUUCUCCCAAAGUGGAAUGGACCACAAGCGCUCGCCGGGGGGGGGACGUCCAAAUUGGGACACGACAGGAUUGCCUGUUAGGGGCACUGCGCCGACCAAAUUGGGACACUGUGGAGCUGCAACGCCGAUGGACUCGCUCCACCGGGUCAGACUUUUUUUCUUUCUUUUUCUGGGGGCUGCUGGUGCCAACGGUUUGCUGCGGGUGGGCUUCGACGGAGCAUGA